AUGCCCCGCACUUAUGGUAAAAGAGCAAAGCAGACGCGACUUUCUUUUGCUCCGAUAGCCCUGUCGCAAGAUUCCGCCGAGGAUCCCGGCGAGAAGAGUGACCGCAACGCUACUCUGCGUUAUGGCCAUCCAUCAAUGCCCACUGUCCGCAGUACUCGGCCUUUACCAAGCGGGCCAUCAAGCGGAAGCAUGUCGUCUGUUCCGUUCGUGAAGAAGUCCUCGGCAGACCAGCAAGACUCCAUAUCGAAAGCAGAAACUUCCGAAAGCAUCGCCCCUACGGAAAAAAAGAAGAAGAAGAAGGAUAAGAAGGAGAAAAAGAAGAAAAAGGACAAGAAGGGAAAGGAAGCGCAAGAGAAGAAGGAAAAGGAAAAGAGCGAGGAUGAACUACGACAGCCUUCUACUUCCGAAACCAAGGUGCCUCUCCACCAAGAGAGCGAAAACGAUGAUGAAGAAGCCCCUACCAGUGCUCGAAAAGUAAGGGAUGCGCGAACUUGGAAACGGAAGAGAUCUCAGACACCAUCCGACGCCGCGCAUUCCCCAUCUCGAAAUCCUUCACCUUCUGCGAGGUCCGACAAUAGUGACGCUGACGAUAUAAUCUCUCGGCCUCGACGGAAAUUACGACGAGGCCCGGCACAGCAGCCUACUGUUAUGCUGGAUGAUGACGAUUCUGAUGAAGGACCUAUUUCAACCCCUGCAAGAAAACGAAGGAGGGUCAUCGAUGCUCAGCCACCACAGACACCGGAACAAAACUUGGAUCAAGACGAGCUAGAUCUCAGGGAGGACCUCCAAGAUCUUCAAGACUCAGUGGUGAAAGAAACACGAACCAGAGGAAGGCUGGCUAAUUCUGCGCGAGCCCAAAGACAACAACAUCUAGAAGCGUUACGCCGUCGGAGAGCCGGUGAAAAGGAAACCGAUGACGAGAGCCUAGGGACUGCGCAAAGCGCAUCAGAAAGCGAGGAUGAAAGUGAGGGCGAAAGCACUAUUCCACAGCCUCGUUUCCGUCAAGAAAAAGAGGAUAGUGAUGUCGAAUCCUCUGUGGCAAGCGAUGAAGAUCUUGAUCGUUAUGAAGAUGAUUUCGUUCUAGAAGAUGGGACUCUCGGUGCACCAAGCAGUCUCCCAGAUAUGCCUUUCGAAUUCUCCCGUCAUGCAUACAAGCAAUUAAAAGAUUACUUCCAAGACGCGGUGGAAUGGAUGGUAUUCAACCAGCUUAAUCCAGCCUUUGAGCGCUCUAGCCCAGUCUACCAAGUCGCAUUUUCAAAAUUAGAAGAUGAGGUCAAAGGUCGAACUGGGUCGCAGUUAAUUUCCUCGGUAUGGAAUGCCAACUUCCGCAGCGCCCUCAUGGCAAGGCCUCGUAUGGAAGUUACCGGAUACCCAACGCUGGAGAACCACCCUUGCGAUGCCUGCAAUCGAUCCGGUCAUCCGGCCUCCUCCGACAUGAAACUAUAUGGAAAAGCAUACUCAUUGGAGACGUUUGAGCCUCUGUCGGACGAGAACAGUGACGCCGAAGAAGAUGAACAAGAACGGGAUCGAGAUGGACAUGUUCUCCCCGAUGAGAACACUCGAUUCUUGCUAGGAAGACAUUGCAAAAACAGAGCUACCAUGGCCCACACUCUUAUCCACUGGCGCUUUCACCUUAAUGAAUGGGUAGUAGACCAUCUUGAACGAAUGGGCUACAUGUCCGAUAAGGAAGUUUUCCGGCGGAACCGCUGGAACCAGAAGAAAAAGGCGAAAAGGGCCGCCGAAGCUGUCGGAUUGAUGGUUUACGAGGGCGAGAUAAAGAAGCUCUGGCGAGAUUUCCAUAUCAACCUCAGAACGGCUCGAGAAUCAGUGGUAUGUUCAUUCUAUCAGACUCUCACCUUCGUCCUCUCCAUAAAAUUUAGGCUGAUAUCUAUAUAG